AUGCCGCCACCUCAGGGUAGUCUCAACCCCAUCGAGGGACCUGGCGACUACACCUUCACAAAAGAAGUCCACGAUGACACCUACGCCGCCAUCGAUCCAACAAAAGCCGACCACACAGGGCACUCUGUGUUCAUCGUGGGCGCCUCGCGAGGCAUAGGCGCUGCCAUUGCUUCAUCCUUCGCCAAAGCCGGCGCCAGUGCCAUCGCCAUCGGAGCCCGCUCAGAUCUCAGCAGCCAUGUCGAGGCGAUCAAACUCGCUGCCAAGAGAGCUGGGCGUGCUGAGCCCAAGGUCUUAUCUGUCAGACUGGACAUCACCGACAUUGCUAGCGUCGAGGAAGCAGCAAAGACAGUCUCGCAGGCCUUCGGAGGAACACUAGAUAUCCUCAUCCACAACUCCGGUAUCAUUGGCGCGAUGAUCCCCAUCACGCUCUCUGAUCCAGCCGAUUGGUGGCGAACCUACGAAGUCAACGUCCGAGGACCCUACCUCAUCGCCCGGUCCUUCAUCCCAUUACUCCUGAAAAGCACCCUGAAAACGUUCAUCACCGUCUCAAGCGUCGGCUGCACCGUCUCGAACCCCGGCGUUUCAGCCUACCAGUCCGGCAAAACGGCGCUGACACGCGUGACGGAGUUCGCGGCGCUGGAGAACCAGGAGGAAGGGUUAGUGGCCUUUUCCGUGCACCCUGGUAAUAUCAAUACGGGGAUCGUGGAUCUUAGUUCUGUGCCGGAUGCUUUCAAGGCGGUGUUUACGGAGACGGUGGAAUUGCCGGCUGAUGGUUUGGUGUAUCUGACUAAUGAGAAACGGGAUUGGUUGAGUGGACGGUACGUGAAUAUGACCUGGGAUUUGCCUGAGCUCACGAGCAGUCCGAAGAAAGAUGAGAUUGUGGAGAAGGAUUUGUUGAAGAUUAGGUUGAUGGUGUAG